UAUGGUAACCACGCGCUCCAAAACCGGAAACGUGACGCGGUGAGCACGUGACGCGGUCAACGGUGGGCUCCAAAUUUGAAAAAGCGGCUGGUGGCUGCCUGAAGCACUAGAGCUAAACAACACGGUGGUCUACGGCCUUAGAAGUCAGUUGACAUCAUCCUUACUUGGUGAACCCUGUGUUUGUGCGAACAGGAGGAGGAAAAUGCAAUGCACUCCUGAAUCAAACUUCUACCUUGAGAGCUGCAAAGGCCAGCGCUGUUAUGACUGCACCGACAGUGGUUACUCAGGUUUAUUCCACAGCCCACAGAGCACCAGUGGAGUUGACUUGUCUCCAGUAGAAUUCAAUGAAACACCUAAAGAGAAUCUCAGGCUUCCUGUCACACCUAAGGAGAGGAGCAGAGGACCAGCUGGAUUGUUGGGCAAAGACUCCAGGGGAUUACAGCUGCCAUCAGCUGUUAGCUGGUGUGAAACUCCUAAAGUAUACAAAAGAGAUUCCUUGUUGCGACACAGACUUUUAAUGUGCAAACCCACCACAGAUGUCAAAACUGACAGCAGAAGAUCACCACGCAUCAGUAAGGAUGAAUCCUCCAGCAGUGUGGGGUCUGAACACUGGCUCAGUGCAUCGUUUGACUCUCUUGACACUACGGUGGACGCAUUGGCACCAAGCACUUUAAAACUGGAGCAGGAUCUGCCCCUGUCUGGCAGGAAACGCCGUCUCCUCUUCACGCAGGUGAGGACCUCCACUCUUGAAGAUGGUAAACUCAACUCUGGUCACCUCUCCAGUUUUGAGAGAAGAGUUUCACUCUCAGAAGCAGAUUUCAGUGGAAGCAUCCCUGCCUCAGAUCAAAUUAGUAUUGAGACUCUGUGCUUUAGUAAAUUCCUGUCUGCCUCAUCUAAGGAAAACUCUCGGUCACCGAUCGGUGAUGUGAAAAAUAACGUAUUCGACAGCUCAAGUGUCUUGUUCACACCGUCAGCCACACACACACCCAAGUACACAAGGUCUGUGUCUGAGGACAGUGGUUUCAGUUCCCUGACCCUUGAUAAAUCCCAAGACUCCUCGGUGGACCAUGACGGCUCAUUCCAGGAGCUGCUGCUCCCCGCCUCCAGAGGAAACUGUGAAACCCCAAAUCUGGCUGAGACAAAGCGCCGCUUCCGUUUGCAGCGUCAGCAAAGGCUUUCUACACUUAAAGAAGGGGGCUCUCAGUCUGAUGAGGACCCAACAGACAGAAAGCAUGAACAUCUUCAUCAGCGCCACAGACGUUCUAAAGACGAUGUUUUUGCGGACAGUGCCACGCCUCGCAGCGUCCUUUCUGUUAGGUGUGGUAAUGGCAUGACCCCUGAUAGUUUGGCCUCUGCAAAACAAGACUAUGCCACCCCACUAAGGGCGACCACCACAAAACUAGAAAACAUGACAUCUUUUAGCACAACUUCUGCCAAUCCAGACGUAACUCCUCUCAGGACAACCCCAGUCAAUCUUUGUCUGACUCCAGCGUUGCAGCUGGUUCAUGCUAUGUGUCAGCAGAAAGCCCAGAUGUUUGUUGGCCAAAGUCCAAGCCUGACGGAGCAGCUGAAGUCCACAGCAGCACUGGCUGAAACCCCGGCGACGUUCAGGACCACCAUGCCAUUGGCAGGGCUGAUUGGCAGGAAGAUGGGAAUGGGGAAGGUGGACAUAUUCACAGAGCUGAAGAAGAGGAACCUCAGACACAUCCUGUGUGUCAUACUUGGUCACCUGACCUCUGAGAGCAUCUACAGGUGUGGUCAGGUGUGCAAGAGCUGGAAUGAAAUCAUCCAGCAAGACAAGAGAGCCAGUUUCAAGAGAGGAAACCACCUGAGUGAACUGGAGGCUUCUCUUGAGCUCAGUGGUGCUGUCCAUGUACCUGACUCAGAGACCAGGCUCACUCUGCUGAAAAGGUCGGCCCUCAAGACGGUUCAAGCCCAGUCUAGGACCUCCAGCUACUGCACCCCGCAGUCAGGAAAUAGCACUUUGACCCCAUUACAGCACAGCGCCUUACAUUCAGGAAGCAGCAGCAAACGGGAUAAAUUCCUAGAAGUUGCCAAAACUCUCUUCAAUGAUGAGUGCCUCAAGCCUUGCCCUCGAUGUGAGCAUCCUGCGAGGUGUCACUCAGUGAAAAUGGAGGGCGUGUGCAGCAGAGCCGACUGUGGUUUCCAGUUUUGCUUGGCCUGCUUGUGUGCUUUUCACGGCUCUAGAGAGUGUGGCAGCCAGUCUGCAGGCCGUCGCAAGAAGGACAUACUACUUCCAGGAAGCGCUCAAAGUAAGCGAAACGUUAGGAGACUAUGAGCAGAUGGCGAACUAUAUUCCUCUUUGACUUGUCGAAGUCACUUUAGCAUUUUGUUCCUGAGGCCUAGAUACAAGGAAGUCUGUUUUUUGGCCAGUACGUGAGAGCAAUUUCUUAUUAAUGUCUUUGUGCCUGUCUCUAUACUGUAUUUCCCCCUUUUUUUUUUUUUAAAAAAAAAACACAGUUCUUGCUUGUGUUUUUUAAUUAUGAAUGUGAAGGAAGUCUCACCAGCAGGACGAUGACUGAAUUUUACUGUUGAUGUACUUUCCCAUACACAUUGAUCAACUGUACAGAAUGUUUUUUUCAAAGUCCCCUAAGCUUUUCAACUUUUACAAAUGUGUUUUCAGAGCAGUUUUAAAAUAAAUUUCUUUUUUUUAA